CUUUAUUACAUUAGAAGUGAUAAAUAGAUUCUUUCUAUCUGAAUAUGUAUGACUAUUGGCCCUCCCUGAUUCCAAAGCAUAAUCUUUCUGUCGUUGGAAUCACCAAGACCCAAAAUACUUACUUACUUCUGUGUCUACGAUAUUUCAUGCAUGUUGAAGACCUCAGGGAAAAGAUCUUAGGUAUCGUUCAAAAGACGUUACUGUCGAAGUUUUGAAUCUUUUAUGAUACUCUAAAUCUUAAACUUUCGACGCUUUCCUUCUUAUUAGAUUUAUC